CUCUGGACUUGGACCCCAUAGGAUGCGGUCCUUUUCCUGCACAAACAUCUCAUCUUGAAAUGCCCACAAACUCAUUUCUCAUUAUCUCAUCCGUCCGUUAGAAAUGGCGCCAAUUACCUCCACCGUCGCCCUCCUCUGCUCCUCAACCCCGUCCAUCUUUACCCCCUCUUACUCCACCACAUUCCCGUUCAACUUCAACUUUCCGGCCAAAUCCCUCUCAACGGUCAAUUUUCACGCCAAUCCUCUUCCCGCCGUCAAAGCCGCCACUUCAGGUAAAGAUCACGUCUUGGGCAGAAGAGGACUGGUGCUUACACUUACUGCCACACUGCCAUGGCUGCUUCCUUUCUCUGAAUGCACGGCGGCGAAGGCGGCUGAGUCGGAUGGAAGUGAAUAUGAGCUUAUGAAGGAGGAGAUUAGGAAGGUGGUGACCAAGGGAAAGGCGGCCGGCGUGCUUCGUUUGGUGUUUCAUGAUGCCGGGACUUAUCAAAUUGAUGACAAUUCAGGUGGUAUGGAUGGUUCUAUCGUUUAUGAACUUGAUAGACCGGAAAACAAAGGUCUUAAAACUCCUUUCAAGAUUCUAGAGAAAGCAAAGAGUGAGGUGGAAGCAGUACACCCAGUGUCCUGGGCAGACAUGAUUGCUGUGGCUGGAGCAGAAGCAGUUUCAAUAUGUGGAGGUCCUACAAUCCAAGUUCCGUUAGGCAGACUAGAUUCAAAGGAGCCUGAUCCCGAAGGAAAACUUCCUGAAGAAACUCUGGAUGCUUCUGGUCUGAAGCAAAGCUUCCAAACAAAAGGCUUCUCAACUCAGGAACUUGUUGCUCUGUCAGGAGCCCAUACUAUUGGAAAUAAAGGUUUCGGGAACCCAACGGUUUUUGACAAUACAUACUUCAAAAUUCUUCUUGAGAAACCAUCUUCAGGUAGCAUGAUUGGCCUUCCCUCAGACCGUGCACUUGCCAAGGAUGAUGAAUGCUUAAGUAUUUGUUCCUUAUUCAUAUCCAACUGAAGAGAAGCUUGUUUCCUGCACAGCUGGAUCACAAAGUAUGCCGCGGACCAGAAUAUGUUCUUCAACGAUUUCAAGACGGCUUAUCUCAAACUAGUGAAUUCGGGAGCCAGGUGGAAGAGCUUGUGAAAUAAUUGCAGAAGCGAGCAAACUUGACGUUUAUCACGCAAAGAGAUGAAGAAGUGAAGCGUUGGCAAUAACAACCGAGUCUUGCUAGAAUGAAGAAUUAAUUAGGUAUAUGUCAUGAAUUCAUGGAUUAGCUGAAAGCUUUAAUUGAAUGAUUAGCUGACAGAUAAGGUGAGACCCCAAGCAAGACUUAUCUUGUACAAUGAACAUUAUAUCAAAUCAUUCAGCCCAUUCAGAUAUGAAAUAAUGAAGUUUUGGACUACAAGUA